UUGGCUGAAAACUGAGCCACGUGGUGGAGUUCCGUUCCAGACCAGGAGGGUGGCUGAAGACCUUCGUCUUGGAGGCUCCAUCCGUCCCGCUCCGACCAGUUAGCCUGAUCUCUUUUAGGAUUCUGAGAUACUGUAUAAGCCACGUUAAUCAUGGGAGAAAUUGAGCAGAAGCCAACUCCAGGUUCGAGGCUGGGAGCCCCUGAGAACUCGGGGAUCAGUACCUUGGAACAUGGACAGAAGCUGCCUGCAACCCCAUCAGGAAAGCUCACGUCUAUCAAAGUCCAGAUGCUGGAUGACACCCAGGAGGCAUUUGAAGUUCCCCAAAGGGCCCCGGGGAAAGUGCUGCUGGAGGCAGUGUGCAACCACCUGAGCCUCGUGGAGGGCGACUAUUUUGGCCUCGAGUUUCCUGACCACAAAAAGACCACAGUAUGGCUGGAUCUCUUAAAGCCGAUUGUGAAGCAAAUCAGAAGGCCAAAACAUGUUGUGGUUAAGUUUGUGGUGAAAUUCUUUCCGCCAGACCACACACAGCUCCAAGAAGAACUCACAAGGUACCUGUUUGCUCUGCAGGUGAAGCAGGACUUGGCUCAAGGCAGGUUGACCUGUAAUGAUACCAGCGCUGCGCUCUUGAUCUCGCACAUUGUGCAAUCUGAGAUUGGGGAUUUCGACGAAGCAGUGGACAGAGAGCACCUAGCAAAAAAUAAGUACAUACCUCAGCAAGAUGCACUAGAAGACAAAAUUGUGGAAUUCCACCACGGUCAUAUUGGACAGACACCAGCAGAGUCAGAUUUCCAGCUCCUGGAGAUCGCCCGCCGGCUGGAGAUGUACGGAAUCCGAUUGCACCCGGCCAAGGACAGGGAAGGGACUAAGAUCAACCUGGCUGUGGCCAACACGGGGAUUCUAGUGUUUCAGGGUUUCACUAAGAUCAAUGCCUUCAACUGGGCGAAGGUGCGGAAGCUGAGCUUCAAGAGGAAGCGCUUUCUCAUCAAGCUUCGCCCUGAUGCAAACAGCUCAUACCAGGAUACCCUGGAAUUUCUGAUGGCCAGCCGGGAUUUUUGCAAGUCCUUCUGGAAAAUCUGUGUUGAACAUCAUGCCUUUUUUAGACUCUUUGAAGAGCCCAAGCCAAAGCCAAAGCCUGUCCUCUUUACUCGAGGGUCAUCCUUCCGGUUCAGUGGUCGGACUCAGAAGCAGGUUCUCGACUAUGUGAAAGAAGGAGGACAUAAGAAAGUUCAGUUUGAAAGGAAGCACAGCAAGAUCCAUUCCAUCAGGAGCCUGGCCUCGCAGCCUCCCGAAGCGAAUGCAGAAGUGCCAAAACAAUCUCCGCCGAGCGCCAGCCUGACACGUGGAGAUGGUGCAGAAUUGCCAAGAGGCCCGAGCUGCCAGCCGGGAAAGGAGCAGACAGGGCCCGCCGAGGAACCGGGGCCCCCACGAAGCCCGUCUCUGAAGAAGAGCCCCCUGGGGAACAAGCAGGCCGAUGGCGCCGUUGUGGUGACGCUGGAGGAAGAGGAGGAGGCGGUUCAGGACCGGAGCCAGCCGAGUAAACCUCGAGCCCAGCACCCCAGCACAGGCUCCCUGACUGGUAGCCCUCACCUUUCAGAACUGUCUGUCAACUCCCAGGGUGGGGCCGUGCCUGCCAACGUGACCCUGUCGCCUAACCUGAGCCCCGACACCAAGCAGGCCUCUCCCUUGGUCAGCCCGCUGCUGAAUGACCAGGCGUGCCCAAGGACGGACGACGAAGAGGAAGGCCGUAGAAAGAGAUUCCCAACUGACAAAGCCUACUUCAUUGCUAAAGAAGUGUCCACCACAGAGAAGACGUAUCUGAAGGACCUUGAAGUCAUCACUUCGUGGUUCCAGAGCACAGUGCGCAGAGAGGACCCCAUGCCCGAAACCCUGAAGAGCCUCAUUUUCCCGAAUUUUGAACCUUUGCACAAAUUUCAUACUAAUUUUCUCAAGGAAAUCGAGCAACGACUCGCCCUGUGGGAAGGCCGCUCAGACGCCCACGGCCGAGGCGGUCACCAAAGAAUCGGCGAUGUCAUGCUGAAGGCCACUCAGGGCAUGAAGCAACUGGCUGUUCACCUGUGGAAGCACAAUGAGGCACUGGAAGGCCUGGAGAAUGGGAUCAAGGGCUCCCGGCGGCUGGAGAACUUCUGUAGAGACUUCGAGCUACAGAAGGUGUGCUACCUGCCGCUCAACACCUUCCUCCUGCGGCCGCUGCACCGGCUCAUGCACUACAAGCAGAUCCUGGAGCGGCUGUGCAAGCACCACCCCCCGAACCACACCGACUUCAGGGACUGCCGAGCUGCGCUGGCAGAGAUCACAGAGAUGGUGGCACAGCUUCACGGUACGAUGAUCAAAAUGGAGAAUUUCCAGAAGCUGCAUGAACUCAAGAAAGAUUUGAUUGGCAUCGACAAUCUUGUGAUUCCUGGACGGGAGUUCAUUCGCCUGGGAAGCCUCGGCAAGCUCUCGGGGAAGGGGCUCCAGCAGCGCAUGUUUUUCUUGUUCAACGACGUCUUGCUGUACACAAGCCGAGGGCUGACUGCCUCCAAUCAGUUCAAAGUCCACGGGCAGCUCCCCCUCUACGGCAUGACUAUCGAGGAAAGUGAGGACGAGUGGGGGGUGCCCCACUGCCUUACCCUCCGGGGCCAGCGCCAGUCCAUCAUCGUGGCCGCCAGCUCCCGGUCGGAGAUGGAGAAGUGGGUCGAGGACCUCCAGAUGGCCAUUGACUUGGCAGAGAAAAGCAGCGGGCCCAGCCCGGAGCUACUGGCCGGCAGCCCCCCUGACAACAAGUCCCCGGAUGAGGGCACCACCGCUGACCAGGAGUCGGAGGACGACCUCAGCGCCUCGCGCACGUCGCUGGAGCGCCAGGCCCCGCACCGCGGCAACACCAUGGUGCACGUGUGCUGGCACCGCAAUACCAGCGUGUCCAUGGUGGACUUCAGCAUCGCCGUGGAGAAUCAGUUGUCUGGGAACCUGCUGAGGAAGUUCAAAAACAGCAACGGGUGGCAGAAGCUGUGGGUGGUGUUCACCAACUUCUGCCUCUUCUUCUACAAAUCACACCAGGACAAUCAUCCCCUCGCCAGCCUGCCUCUGCUGGGAUACUCACUCACCAUUCCCUCCGAGUCAGAGAACAUCCACAAAGACUACGUGUUCAAGCUGCACUUCAAGUCCCACGUGUACUACUUCAGGGCUGAGAGUGAAUACACGUUUGAGAGGUGGAUGGAGGUGAUCCGAAGCGCCACCAGCUCGGCGGAACGCACCCAUGUCUUCAGUCAGAAAGAAUCUCAUGUGUAUUGAUGCUGGUUUCCCAGGAGACCCCGACUUCCAUAUCAUUGGAGCCUAGUAAAAUUCACCCCUUCUGAAAAAUCAGAAACCCGGUCUCCCAGCUGCCCGCCCGCCCGCUCUCAUCCGUCCCCGAGACCGUUUCCCACUUUGCCCCCUGCCCGCUGGCCUCCUCUGAAAGCAUCCUGCCUCCGGUCUGUGUCUCACUCUCUUAGGGGGCUGUGGUGGUUUUUCAGGUUCGGGUUUGUUUUUUUAAAAAGCUUGUGCCAGUAUUAAAGCACUGUCAUUACUAUAGUGCCAAAUGACACUUCCCCCUCCACGCCAGCACCGUCAGAGCAGCGCAAACACGUCCGUUCAACCGCAGACAGGGCAGGCGCCCUCCUCUUUCUUAAGGAACUUUUUAUUAUUUGGGUCUAGCCAGGCUGUUGCACUUGAACAAAUGGAAUAGGCAUUUUUCCAGCAACUGCAAUACACACACGACUCAGUCUUAAAGCAAAUGAGAUCACUUUCAGAUUUCAUUUUCUCCCAGUCUUUCUACUUUUAUAAUAAUAGCCGAGCAGGGGCCGCCUGCAGCGUGGCAAGUGAGCCGUGCUCCCCCCCCCACCCCUUGGCACAAGUUGACCAAAUCGCUCGGGUGGUGACUACGAAGGCGUAGCAAACAUGCGGUGCGGUGGUCUGGCCGUCGCCGUCCUGUGAGUGGUGUAGACGGUGGGAAGAUAGUAAGCCGUGGUGUUUUGCUGUUUGUUUCACGAGCAUGGGAAAAACAAUCUGUAUGUCAUUAAUCAGGGCCAUUUGUGAUCUGUCCCGUUACGGAGAGUUGUUGUGAGUUUAUGUGGAUGCAGAAACACUAUACAGUAAUGGUACGUAGUCCCCCAGGCGCCCGCUCUCAUACCCCUUCCCUACUGCAACUGUGGUUUCAAAGUGCGCAUUUAUAGUAGUGUACAUUGUGCGUCUUCAAAAACCGACAUUCUCUUUUUAUACUACCCCCCUCCCCCGCCCCCCCUGGCAUGGGGUUACCAACAGUGUGACAGACAGUGCACAACCUCGGCCAUCAGAUGACACCGGGGACUUGUUUUCCGACAAGGGUUUGGGCCCACGAGUCGAAAACCAUUUGCCUCUUCUCCCUGGUGCCGGGUGGGGGUGGCUGCUAUUCCCGUAGGACUGAAGGUCUUUUCUAAAGCAAGUCUGAGCACAAGCCAGGAGGGAGAGGCCAACUCCACAGUGCUCGCCCGCGGCGCAGAGCUGGCGGCUUGUUCAUCAUUUGCCUUACAAUUAUGUACCAAGAUGGUUUGAGUAGUAACAAACGGGAAUAAAAAUACCUCACGCCGCAAACCAGCAUACUGAAGUUUUAAGGCAAAACAA